AGUUGGUCAGUAAGCUAGUAGGUUCUCCGCAGUGACAUUGUACGCUUGUAUUAAAAAAAAACCACCACAACGUGACAUGUCGGAGUUAUGCCGGCGUCAUAGAAUUAAAAAAGUAAAAUAUGCGCCCUGGUCACUUUGAGAAUUGAUAAAAAAAAAAUUGCAUCUGUCAAAAAUGACAGCGCGCGAGUGCUUGCCAAAGUUGAGUGAUGUGAAAAUGUUUUUUGUGUUUUUAAUUGUAUUGGACAGUUUGUUUGUUGCCGGCCAGGAGUAUGAGAGAGAUGCAAGAAAACUUUUCGGAGGCUACCGGAUAACUCCAUCAUAUUGCAAAGCAAGUAGAGCAGCGAAAUACAACAGAGGCAAUACGAUAUGCAUGUUCAACCACGAAUGCGUCAAACGCGGCGGAGAAGUAGUCGGAUCGUGUAUGGAUGGUUUCCUCUUCGGUGCCUGCUGCCAGCUCAAAUCAGACAGCCAGUCCCACAUACCAAAAGGCCCGGGCGUUGUCAUGACAAGUUACUUGGAUUAUCCGGACCCUGAGUCAGAAACUGACGAUUACGACGGUGAACAGCUCAGCGCGUGGCAUGAUAGCUUCAAACCAGUAGUAACACCGGGCUACCGACCCACAGUCGCCACGUCGACCAUGAAAGCGGAGCAGGACUUGAGCACGGAAACACAGAUGAUAUCAGAGGGUUUCAAUCAAAUCACUAAUUCUCUAUUGAGCACACCGCCGAAAGAUAACUAUAUUUACAUAAAACCAAAGCCUAAUAACGUGUAUUCGCAUAGUACAAUUAACCACGGUGGAGCUGAUACAAUUCUGCUACAUGCUAAUGGAAGUGAAGUGGAGGAUAUAGCGAGACCUUCAGAUUUUAACAUACAAAUAUCGUCUAUGCAAACGAAAUCAACGCCAUCUCCGAUAUCUACAUCACCAUCUUCACCAUCUAUAAUUGUAUCAACGCAUCGUCCAGUUUUAAAACCCGUUUUCAAACCGAAACCAUCAAAUAAGAAUGCAUCUAGCACAGAGAAUUACGUAAUGGUUUCCACUGUUACCAAAGAAACAGAAAACUCAGCAGAAUUGUCAUCAUUCGACAGCAUAAUUCAAAUGUUAAACGGAAGCACACCGAGUAUGAGGGACGAGGUCAGUUCACCAUCAUCACUAGAUGUUAUGGAGACAAAGUCGUCACCGAUUCCGACAACAGCAAUGCCAGUAUCAUACAGUAGUGGAUAUCCAGAUUACUAUCUAUCUACCGGACAUUACGUCACAUUAAAACCUUACAACGCAAGCAAAAAGCCAAUAUCCGUUACCUCCAAGAAACCAUAUACAAAGAAACCAUCGUAUACUACUCCAAACAGCAUACCUAACGACGAGAGACCCUCAAGCAAUUCUUAUUCUAAGCCUAGUCAAUCAACUAGUCAAGCGAUCGAAGCGUUUAACAACUAUCCCACUGAUCCAAGUGAAUUUGGCCAAACUGUUACUACAUUUAGCUAUGUUAGUUCUACAACAACUAAGCGUACCACGACCUCUAGAAAACCACCAUCAACCAGCUACGUCACUGGAUCCAAUCCUUUGAGACGACCAGUCACUCCACCCACGAACAACGUAGACUACAACCCAUCAGAUACUUUCUCUAGCGUAACACCAACUGUCAUUGUACUCAAUAGCUUACAAACAGACAAACCCACCACCACAUCAGAAGAAACACAAUUCGUUGAAAUAUCACAAGAACCGUUUAAGAAACCAGUCAGUCAGAUCACGGUUAACAAUCAUAUAGAAUCAACGAACAACAUCUACAUGGGCAAACCUCCGAGCUUCGAACGACCAUCGUCACCCACCGUUGUGAUUACACCAAAGCCAUCCCCUACUACAACCCCAUAUCCAGUGCGAAUCAGUUCAAAACCGAGUCCUUCCACAGCCAAUUACGAAUUCUAUGCUGAAACUACGACCUACAAGCAAGAAAUGCAAACAUCUCCCGACGAUUUAAUAAACUUCCCACCAGUAAGAAACCCAAUGCUAAACGCUACCGGUUCGAACCCAGCCGUUUUCAACACAUCAAUAUCAAUGGCCGAUAAUGAUUUAGACAUCCUGCACGACGUAGAUUUUACCACACCCACAUGGCAAGAAGAUGAGAAAUUGAACGAGAAAAUGAAUUUAUUCGUUAACAAAAUCGUUGGAAGUCUCCAAGGUACCUUCCAAGAGCUACAUGAUAUUGUAAUAUUGGAUAAGAAACCUAAUAUAACAAAAACUACGCCGAAACCUCCGAGACGGACUGUGCCUACAAGAAAAACAACAACAACAAAGAAGCCCACACGGAUUACGACGACUAAAAAGCCACCGAGGACAACUAAGAAACCAGUAAAGUUGACUACGCUAGCUAGACGGCCAACUACCACGUCACCACCACCCACUACCACUACCCCAGCUCCAACAACUACGAAAAAAGCGGUGACCACGACCAAGCGACCCAAGCCCACCAAGAGGGUCACCACCACGACAGCGACUGCUACAACCGUCACGGAACUGGCUGAUGACGUCACCACGGAACUGUACUCCGAUCAAAGCAUCGAUUACAAUGAUAAAAAUUUAUGCGGAGUGCGUCCGCUGGUGAAAUCGGGCCGUAUAGUCGGUGGUAAGAACGCGAGAUUUGGCGAGUGGCCCUGGCAGGUUCUGGUGAGGGAGUCCACUUGGCUUGGCCUCUUCACCAAGAACAAAUGUGGUGGUGUGCUCAUUACCAGCAGAUACGUCACUACUGCUGCGCAUUGUCAGCCUGGUUUCCUUGCAUCACUGGUAGCUGUUUUUGGUGAGAAUGAUAUAUCUGGUGACGUGGAACCUCGACGACCGGUCGCCAAAAACGUCCGCAGGGUGAUCGUGCACCGGCAGUAUGAUGCAGCGACCUUCGAGAACGACCUGGCGCUUCUGGAGUUGGAGUCUCCUGUGAAGUUUGAUGCGCAUAUCGUGCCAAUCUGUAUGCCGCAAGAUGACGCCGAUUUCACUGGGCGUGUCGCGACUGUCACUGGGUGGGGGCGGUUGAAAUAUGGCGGUGGAGUGCCCGCUGUGCUGCAGGAGGUGCAGGUGCCAGUAAUAGAAAACAGCGCUUGCCAAGAGAUGUUCCACACAGCUGGACACACUAAGAAGAUACUCAGCUCUUUCAUCUGCGCUGGAUACGCGAACGGUCAGAAGGACUCUUGUGAGGGUGACAGUGGCGGGCCUCUAGUGCUGCAACGUGACGACGGCCGCUGGCAACUGGUGGGCACAGUGUCUCAUGGUAUUAAAUGCGCUGCGCCUUUCCUGCCUGGUGUUUAUAUGAGAACAACUUACUAUAAGCCAUGGUUGAGGACCAUUACUGGGGUGAAAUAGGGGGAGGGUAAAAAAAUGUCUAAAAA